GCGCGGGUUCCUUGUCCGCCCGCCGCGUCCCCGUCCUGCCCUCCGCGCUCGCAGCCUCUCGCCAUGAAGGUCGCCGCUGUCGCUUCUUCGCCACUGCCCGCGGGCGCCGGCGGCCCGCUGAAAGCCGUGCGGCCCGGGGAGGCCGCUCGCUGCGGGCCUGUCCCGGGGGUGUCGCCGGUGGCGGCGGAGCAGGCGGCCGCCGCGCUGCUGUACGAUAUGAAGGGCUGCUACUCGCGGCUACGGGCGCUGGUGCCAACGCUGCCGCGGCACCGGCGGGUCUCCAAGGUGGAGCUGCUGCAGCACGUUAUUGACUACAUCUGGGACCUGCAGCUGGAGCUGCAGUGCGGCCCCCCCCGCCCCGCCGCUGCUGGGGACUCCCCCGAGGCUCCGUGCAUUCCCGCUGCCGAUCGGAUCCUCUGCCGCUGAGACCGCUCUGGACCUUCCAUGGACAUCGUCCCCGGGAUCCCGGUCCCUCCACGGACAUCGUCCCCGGGACCCCGUCCCCGAGCACCGCGGCUCACCCGCAUCCCUGGCUCCCCGGUGGGGCUGCCCUGGGGGUGCCCCCGCAGCCUGGGCAGGGGGUGCUGUGGGCCGGAUCCUUCCUUCUCAGAUUGCUGAGAGCAUUCCCCGUAUUGUAUAUUACAAUGAUGCUGGAGAAUAUUGUUCUACAAUAGCUGGAGUUUUGUUAUUAAACAAGCCCUGAUGACCACA